AUGUUUAAUAGCUUUACAAGAAAUAUGAGGAUAUUGAAUAAGGAUAUGGUGGAGACUUCUUGGCUGAAAUGUUUAAUUGAUGAUACUCCAAAGCAAAAACAUAUACUUGUACCAAAAAGAAUUAAUUAUAGAUUCUCUCAAAAUGUCUUGGAGGAGAAUUAAAUAAUGUGAAUUCUUAGGAAGCUCUUAAGAAAAUUAUCCUAAGAAUGCAGCAUCCUCAAAAAAUAAUAACUGCUCUUAAGUCUUACUAUUUAGUUCAUGUGUUAAGGUAAUAUUUAGCUCCUUAUGUAACAGAUUCAACAAUUGAACUGUAGUAAAAGAGUACGGCUGAUGCUGUACUUUAAAGUGUAGCAUUUCUCUAUUAUAGCUAUCUAAAGAAUUUCUCUAACAAUUAUGAAUAAAUAAAUAUCUUGUAUAAAAUGCAUAGAUAACUUGAAGUUCUCAUUCUCAAGUUAGAUGUGCCAAUUAUCAAGUGCAUUACAAUCAAAUUAAUUAUAGACAUCAUAUUCUUAUAUGAAUCUCUCAAUAAAUAAGAUGAAUAAACAAAAAGGAUAAGAGCAGUUAAAUAAGUUAAGAGGUUUUUAGAGAUUAAAUAAUAUAUAUAAUUACCUCAAGAGUUACUAUAUAAAAUAAGCACUCUAAAUUUUUAUGAAAUCGAACAGUAAAUUCCCAUCCAAAUAUAACCUGUUUUUAAUAAUUAUAUUGAAGAUAAAGUUCAUUCUCCUUAAAAACCAUUGUUGAAAUUAGAAGUAUAAUUUAUAAAUCAAAGGAAACUCAGUACAUUUGCAAAUGAAUGGGAUGAUUAAACAGACUUUAAAUGUUUAAAAUAGCAGAUACAAAACAAAAGUUUAUAACAAAGUCCGAAUCGCAGAAGAGUUGCUUCAUAAACACCGAAUAGAACAACAUAGAUAAGAGAUAAUUUCUUUAUUCCAUCACAAGGACCCUUAUCUUUUAUUAUGAUGUCAUGA